UUGUUUGUUAAAGUGGAGUUGCCAAAGUGGUUUCUCGCUCAACUGCGAAGCUUCCUGGAAACUACAGUUUUUGUCGUCUGCACAUCCAUCGUAUUCCUUCCCUUCAAUUAUGCAGGGCAUCGUAUAUGAUCCAAUUGCCAAUGUUCCUAUAGAAGCGCAGUAAAAGCAUAGACCGUGAAAGAGGGCUUUUGAUAGUUAAGAAUGGGAUCGACGGCGGGGCACGGGGAAGCGGCCCUUGAAGCUGGGAAUGCCCUUAAAUUUGGCGGCGGCGGCCGGGGGAAGGAGAAGGAGAAGGAGGUGCAGCAUGGGUGGCGCACGGCACACAACAUGUCGUCGUCGUCGCUGCGGAAAAAGUCGGACUUGUCUCUGGUGUUGAAGAUGCGCUGGGGACUAGCCAGGGACCUGCUCGCCAACCUGCAGGAGAUAUUCCUCGGCACCAAGCUCUUCAUCCUCUUCCCUGCCAUCCCUCUCGCCGUCGCCGCCAACUACUUCCAUUUCGGACGUGAAUGGCUGUUUGCUUUGAGUUUGCUUGGCCUCACUCCGCUUGCUGAGCGAGUCAGCUUUCUCACAGAACAGAUUGCCUUUUAUACUGGUCCAACUGUCGGUGGACUAUUCAAUGCUACAUGUGGGAAUGUCACAGAGCUUAUUAUAGCUCUUUUUGCCUUGCAAAAAAGGAAGAUUGAGGUGGUCAAGUGUUCCUUGGUUGGAUCCAUCUUGUCCAAUCUUUUAUUUGUCCUCGGGACCUCUCUUUUCUUUGGUGGCCUGGCCAACCUACGCAUGGAACAACUCUUCGAACGAAAGCAAGUUGACGUGAACACUGGUCUUCUACUCUUCGGUGCACUUUGCCACAUCCUGAUGUUGUUGCUCAGAUAUCCUAUCAACUCAGGUGACAAAACGGUGGACAGCACAGCUUCAUCCAUGAUCUUGGCCUUAUCGAGAGCUUGCAGCAUCAUCAUGCUCCUUGGCUAUCUUGCUUACCUCUUCUUCCAGCUAAAGACCCAUCGUCGACUUUUUAAAUCACAGGAGGAGAAAGAAGACGACGCCAAUGAUGAUGUGGUAACUGAAGAUAAGCCAGUGAUUGGAUUUGCAAGCGCGAUGGUUUGGUUGGCAGCCAUGGCCAUUAUGAUUUCCUUGUUAUCUGAGUAUGUUGUAGAAACCAUUGAGGCCGUUUCACAUUCAUGGGGACUAUCUGUGAGCUUUAUUAGCAUCAUCUUGCUUCCAAUAGUUGGAAAUGCAGCAGAACAUGCUGGUGCAAUCAUCUUCGCUUUCAAGAACAAGCUGGAUAUUACUCUUGGUGUUUCCCUUGGUUCAGCAACCCAGAUCUCCAUGUUGGUUGUUCCAUUAUGUGUUAUUGUGGCUUGGAUAACGGGAAUCAAGAUGGAUCUUGAUCUUAAUCUGUUAGAAACUGGCUCAUUGAUCAUGGCAAUACUAGUAAUAGCAUUCACGUUACAGGAUGGAACUUCACAUUACUUAAAGGGGCUUGUUCCCUUGCUGUGCUAUUUGGCAAUUGCUGCAUGCUUCUUUGUUUUCAAAUCCCCACUUGAACAUCAGCCAACGAGUUCCAUAACUAGAACAGCUGCAGUGACUGUGGCCUAGCUAAUAGCUAGUAAAAAAUGAGCAGGAAAUGGCGAAUUGCUGCUUCAACCAAACCAUAUUCCCCUGAACAAAAGGUGGCAUUAGCAAGGGAUUUUUGAAAUUAAUUUCUUUCAAGAAAAGGUCGUCAACAUCUCAUUUGGAAGAUCAUAUGUAAGACGACGUCCAAGUAAAAAGCAUGGAAACAUGCCACGCUUAGCUUGAAGAAGCAUAUGUAAUUAUAAUCCAUAUCGAUGGGUGUGUAUAUCCUCUGAUAUAUUUAUUGUUGCUUUAUUAUUUUUUUUGCUUCAUAAGUUGCAUUCGUUCUUCCAAUACCAUGUAUUUUAUUUUACUUUACCUUUUUAUGGAUAAACCUUUCCGUGCAAUAUGUUUUUUUAUAUUAAUAAUGAUAUACUAGUUUGUUUGAAGCCUA